GAAGCGGCCGUGCCGCCGAGGUUGCCCGGGCAACGAGAGCUUCCCCGCGCCUGGUUUCCGGCGGUCGGUCUGGGGGACGUUUCCUGGGGUCGCUCUUGACGUCAGGGGUCCGCAGCCCCGCGCUGCCCAGGAUGUUCUUUUAUCUGAGCAAGAAAAUUGCCAUCCCCAAUAACGUGAGGCUGAAAUGUGUAUCUUGGAACAAGGACCAGGGCUUCAUAGCGUGCGGCGGGGAAGAUGGGUUACUGAAAGUCUUGAAAUUGGAGGCGCAGACAGAUGAGGCAAAGCUGAGGGGUCUGGCGGCCCCCAGUAACCUUUCUAUGAAUCAGAAUCUUGAAGGUCAUAGCGGUUCUGUUCAAGUUGUAACUUGGAACGAGCAAUACCAGAAGCUGACAACCAGCGAUGAAAAUGGGCUUAUCAUAGUCUGGAUGUUAUAUAAAGGCUCGUGGUAUGAGGAGAUGAUCAACAACAGGAACAAAUCAGUAGUCCGCAGCAUGAGCUGGAAUGCUGACGGCCAGAAGAUCUGCAUUGUGUACGAAGACGGUGCGGUGAUAGUCGGCUCCGUGGAUGGUAAUGAGGGAAACCGUAUUUGGGGAAAAGACUUGAAGGGUAUCCAGCUAUGCCACGUGGCGUGGUCUUCCGACAGUAAAAUCUUACUUUUUGGAAUGGCAAACGGCGAAAUACAUAUUUAUGAUAACCAAGGGAACUUUAUAAUGAAGAUGAAGCUGAACUGCUUAGUGAACGCCACUGGCGCCAUCAGCAUCGCGGGGAUCCACUGGUACCACGGCACAGAGGGCUACGUGGAGCCAGACUGCCCGUGCCUUGCCAUUUGUUUCGACAACGGGAGAUGCCAAAUAAUGAGACAUGAGAAUGACCAGAACCCCGUCUUGAUCGACUCUGGCAUGAACGUGGUGAGCAUCCAGUGGAACCCCACGGGCAGCGUGCUGGCGGUGGCGGGCUCACAGAAGACCAUCGGGCAGGAGAAAGACGUGAAUAUCGUGCAGUUCUACACUCCGUUUGGCGAGCAUCUAGGCACUUUGAAAGUUCCCGAAAAGCAUUUGUCUGCAUUAUCUUGGGAAGGAGGUGGACUGAAAAUUGCACUGGCUGUUGAUUCUUUUAUAUAUUUUGCAAACAUUCGACCUGACUAUAAGUGGGGCUAUUGUUCAAAUACUGUGGUUUAUGCUUACACCAGACACGACCGCCCAGAAUACUGCGUCAUCUUCUGGGAUACAAAAAACAACGAGAAAUACGUUAAGUAUGUGAAGAGUCUCAUUUCUAUUACAACCUGUGGAGAUUUCUGUAUUUUAGCCACAAAAGCUGAGGAGAGUCAUCCUCAGGAGGAGAACGAGAUGGAAGCAUUUGGGGCAAUGUAUGUGCUAGUUCUUUGUAACUCUAUCGGCACGCCCUUGGAUCCCAAAUAUAUCGAUAUUGUACCAUUAUUUGUUGCGAUGACCAAAACUCACGUGGUAGCAGCUUCAAAGGAAGCAUUUUAUAUCUGGCAGUAUCGCGUCGCAAAGAAGCUCACAGCAUUGGAAAUCAACCAGAUUAUACGGUCUCGGAAAGAAGGGAGAGAAAGACUUUUUCAUGUUGAUGACGCUCCUUCAGGCUCAGCAAGUGGGGUCCUUGAUUACACUAAAGCCAUGCAGGGCACAAGGGACCCCAUUUGUGCCAUAACUGCAUCUGAGAAGACCUUGAUUGUGGGUCGUGAAUCGGGCACCCUUCAGAGAUACAGUCUUCCGAACGUCUGUUUGGUUCAAAAAUAUUCCCUUAACUGUCGGGCCCACCAGUUGUCCUUGAAUUGCAACUCUAGUCGUCUUGCUAUCGUAGACAUCUCAGGAGUCCUCACUUUCUUUGACCUGGAUGCUCGGGGAACAGACAGCACCGGACAGCAAGUCAUCGGCGAGCUAUUAAAACUGGAGAGAAAAGAUGUUUGGGAUAUGAAGUGGGCCCAAGACAAUCCUGACUUGUUUGCCAUGAUGGAGAAGACGAGGAUGUAUGUUUUCAGAAACCUGGAUCCUGAGGAGCCCAUUCAGACUUCUGGAUAUAUCUGUGACUUUGAGGAUCUGGAAAUCAAGUCUGUCCUUCUGGAUGAGAUGUUAAAGAAUCCAGAACAUCCCAGCAAAAUGUUCAUGCUUAACUUCGAGAUUCGGUCCCUGCGAGAUAGCCGGGCGUUAAUUGAGAAAGUUGGAAUUCAAGAUGCAUCGCAGUUCAUAGAAGAUAAUCCACACCCCCGACUCUGGCGUCUGCUGGCUGAAGCUGCUCUGCAGAAGCUUGAUCUGCAAACCGCAGAGCAAGCGUUUGUGCGCUGCAAAAACUACCAAGGCAUCAAGUUCGUGAAGUGCCUGGGCCAUCUGCAGAGUGAGGCCAUGAAGCAGGCGGAGGUUGCUGCCUACUUCGGCAGGUUCGAGGAAGCGGAAAGAAUGUACCUGGAGAUGGACCGGAGAGAUCUUGCUAUUGGCCUUCGACUGAAGCUAGGAGAUUGGUUCAGAGUUCUGCAGCUCCUGAAAUCGGGGUCUGGAGAUGCAGAUGACAGUCUACUAGAACAAGCCCACAAUGCCGUCGGAGACUACUUUGCUGACCGACAGAAAUGGGUGAAUGCCGUGCAGUAUUAUGUACAGGGACGGAACCAGGAGCGCCUGGCUGAAUGCUACUAUAUGUUGGAAGAUUUUGAGGGCUUGGAGAACCUUGCCAACUCACUUCCAGAAAACCACAAGUUGCUUCCAGAAAUAGCAAACAUGUUUGUGAGAGUCGGGAUGUGUGAACAAGCAGUGGCUGCAUUCUUGAAGUGCAGUCAGCCGAAGGCAGCAGUGGACACCUGCGUUCAUCUCAACCAGUGGAACAAGGCUGUUGAACUGGCUAAAACUCACAGUAUGAAAGAAAUUGGAUCCCUGUUAGCUAGGUAUGCCUCUCACUUGCUGGAAAAGAAUAAGACUCUGGAUGCCAUAGAGCUCUACCGGAAAGCCAAUUACUUCUAUGAGGCUGCCAAGUUGAUGUUUAAGAUUGCAGAUGAAGAGGCAAAGAAAAGGACCAAGCCUCUGCGUGUCAAGAAGCUCUACGUGCUGGCAGCGCUGCUUAUAGAGCAGUACCACGAGCAGGUGAAGAGUGCCCAGCGCGGGAAAGUGAAAGGAAAGAGUUCUGAGGCUACUUCUGCCUUGGCUGGCCUGCUGGAAGAGGAAGUUCUGUCUACAACCAGUCGUUUCACAGAUAACGCUUGGAGAGGGGCCGAGGCAUACCACUUCUUUAUACUAGCGCAGAGGCAGCUCUACGAGGGGAAUUCUGACGCUGCACUGAAAACAGCUCUCCGCCUGAGGGACUAUGAAGACGUCGUCUCCGCUGUGGAGAUCUACUCUCUGCUUGCCGUCUGCGCUUGCGCCAGCAGAGCUUUCGGCACUUGCUCAAAGGCGUUUGUGAAACUCGAAUCUUUAGAUGCUCUCAGUUCAGAACAGAAGCAACAGUAUGAGGACCUUGCUAUGGAGAUCUUCACCAAACACACCCCAAAGGACAGCAGGAAGUCUGAGCUGGACACCUUUCUUGAAGGGGAGGAUGGGAAGCUGCCCACAUGCGUGGCCACUGGAGGCCCAAUCACGGAGUACCAGUUCUGGAUGUGUGGUGUGUGCAAGCACUGCGUCAUGGCUCAGGAGAUCACCAAGUACAGCUUCUGCCCCUUAUGCCAUAGCUCCGUGGGGUGAAGGAGGGACAUGUCUCAUGUGACCGUCAGACACAGGUAGCAUGCAGACAUGGACCUCACUACACAUGUAACCAAGGCUCUUUUCUCUACAUCUCAUGAAAAUCAUCGUUUCUGCCGUAUUUUAUACAAAACUUUGUAUAUGUAUAUAUAUACACACACAUAGUUGUACAUAUAUAUAAUUUUGUCUAGAAAUACAACUAAGAAGUAAUAGAGUUGGAUGAUAGUAAUGAAGAAAUUUAUGGAAAUAGCUCUGCUUCCAUCUAUAGACUUUCAGUCGGCUAGUCAUUUUGUGGCUGAUACAUGAUACAAUGGGCAAUGGAAAAUUUCCGAAUAAAGACCUUUUUUCCCCC